CUUCUUCAAUCAGAAUAACUGUUACCGUUCAGUUUUGGAGAGAGAAAUAUAAGACAGAGUUUGGAUUCUUUUGACUCAUCCUUUGCCGGCACCGCCGUCUUUUUAGUAUAUAAUACGCGUUUUUGGAGUGUCAAGCCAAACAACCCCUUCUUUCUUCACUAACAAGCCUCCCAAUUGGUAGGGCUUUCAAGGAGAGGUUAAUGGUCGAUCGAUGAGUAUUAGAUUAUGUGGGCGAACAUUUUUUGAUUAAGGGGGUUUUUGGGUGGGGAUUUGUGAUUGUUAAGGUGGGUGCUGUUGGGUUUUGAUGAGGUUGAUGAGUUUUAGAUCGAUUUUGGAGAUUAAUUAUGAUGGGUAUUGAAGAUAGGGUUUUUGGAUAGGGUUGUGGAUUGGGGUUUGUGAUUGUAGAGGUGGGCGUUGUUGGAUUUUGAAAAAUUCACCAUGGGUUGCAUAGUUGGGAAGCCUUCCGCUAUUAAAGAUAGCCGGGAGAGUCCGAGGGAGAGGUUUCCGAAUAAAGAAUCCGCAGAUGCAAGGGGGCAAAGGUUGAAUUCGCUGAGGCGAGAGGGGAGUGGUGAUGUGAAAGUCGUGUUGAUUGAUAGGAAGGCAAACAGCUCAGUUCGGGUGUAUGAUGAGGAUUACAAGUUGGAGAAGGAGAAGAGGGAAAGGAGUGAAGUCGGUGGAGUUAAUCAUCCAGGCAUGGGUAGGGUUCCAAAGGCAAGUGAGGGAGAACAGGUGGCGGCGGGCUGGCCAUCUUGGCUUGCUGCGGUGGCCGGUGAAGCCAUCAAAGGUUGGAUACCACGGCGUGCAGAUACUUUUGAGAAGUUGGAUAAGAUUGGCCAAGGUACUUAUAGCAAUGUCUACAAGGGUCGUGAUGUCACUCGUGGAAAAAUUGUUGCUUUGAAGAAAGUAAGGUUUGACCAUCUAGAUCCUGAGAGUGUCAAAUUUAUGGCAAGGGAAAUUCUUGUUUUGCGCCGGCUUGAUCAUCCAAAUAUAAUAAAACUGGAAGGCUUGGUCACUUCAAGGAAGUCUUUCAGCCUGUACCUUGUUUUUGAGUAUAUGGAACAUGAUCUUACAGGACUUGCAGCGCUUCCAGGCUGCAAGUUCACAGAACCACAGAUCAAAUGCUACAUGCAGCAACUACUCAGUGGUCUUGAUCAUUGUCAUAGUCAUGGUGUUCUGCAUCGCGACAUAAAGGGUUCAAAUCUUCUAAUUGACAAUAAUGGCAUCCUGAAGAUUGCAGAUUUUGGCUUAGCUAGUUUUUUUGAUCCUCAUCGUAGUUUGUCAAUGACGAGCCGUGUUGUGACUCUUUGGUAUCGUCCGCCAGAACUUUUACUCGGAGCCACCCACUAUGGAGUUUCUGUGGAUUUAUGGAGUGCGGGCUGCAUACUUGGAGAAUUAUAUGCUGGCAAGCCUAUUAUGCCCGGAAGGACAGAGGUUGAGCAAUUGCACAGGAUUUUUAAGCUUUGCGGCUCACCAUCUGAGGAUUUCUGGAGAAAAUCAAAAUUACCUCAUUCAGCAGUGUUCAAACCUCAACAACCUUAUAGAUGUUGUGUUGCAGAAACAUUUAAAGAUUUUCCUGCUGCUACUGUAGGCCUUAUGGAGACUUUACUUUCCAUAGAUCCUGCACAUCGAGGAACUGCAGCUGCUGCUCUCAAGAGUGAGUUCUUCACAACAAAACCGCUUGCUUGUGAUCCUUCAAGUUUGCCCAAGUAUCCUCCCAGCAAAGAGAUUGAUGCAAAAUUGCGGGAAGAAGAAGUUAGAAGGCAAGGAGCAGGAGGUGUCAGGGGCCAGAGGGUUGAUCCAGAGAGGAGAGGAUCCAAAGAAUCUCGGGCAAUUGCAGCACCAAAUGCUAAUGCUGAGUUAGCCAUGUCGAUGCAGCAGAGACAAGGCCAGGCUAAUUCGAAGAGCCGAAGUGAGAUGUUCUACCGUAAUCAGGAGGAAGCUGCUUCUGGCUUUCCAAUUGAUCCACCUAGACAAUCACAAGGUGUAAAAGAAGUGAGCAAAAAUCUCUUCGAGCAUCAUUCUGCGAGAGUUUCACAUUCAGGGCCAUUGGGUCGUGCUGCUGGAUGGUCAAAGGCUGGAAAGAAACAUGAUGAUCUUCCCAUGACUUCAACUAGAGCUGACUUAGCAACAUUAUCUGGUCUAGUAGCAACUAGAACUUCAUCUGAAGAUCGCCGGGAAAAACCUGGUCCUUCAAAGCUAGAACCAAGAAACCAAAUGAGCAGGUUUCCAGGAUCAAUGAAUGAAUCGGGAAAGCAUGAUCGGAAGCAUCAUAGUAAGUUCAGUGAAGACGCUUAUCUGACAGAAGAUGGAAAAGGGAGUACCAAAGAACCGAUUCUGCAAAGCAACCGAUCCAAUGCAAACAAGAUGUACUUCUCUGGUCCUUUACUUGUUACAUCAAACAACGUGGAUCAGAUGCUGAAAGAUCAUGAUCGUAAGGUCCAAGAACUUGAUCGACGAGCUCGGUUUGAGAAGAUGAAAGUAGGGAAAUAUCAGUCUCAAGGGAAGCAGCAAGCAAGAGGCAAUCCCCCAAAAUAUGUCCCCAGCAAUGGUGUCCGAUAAAUGGGGUUAUGACACCCUCAACCCACCAACAGAUACAGAGAGAGAGACACACACAGAUAGGUAAUUAUGGUCUCCUAUGUAGUAUUAGUGUGGCAUGUAUAGUGAGUGCUUUCGUUAAGAGUUAAUUCUUUCGGUAGAUGACAAUAGCAGAAUUAAAAUGUGGCAAUUUUGAAGCUGUUACUAUUUGAAUUCUACAACAUAUGGGAGGAGGCUGUUGAGAACACAUGGUGUAAAUAUAUGAUUCUACAAUUUGCCUUCUCCUGUUGUAUUUUAGUAGGGGGAUUAUUUGUCAAAAUAAGGUGAUUAUCCAAAAUGAAUGGAAUCAUUUCAUUUCUAUA